AUGAACCCUGGGGUGUCUUUGUUCAGCCAUGUGUUCUUGCCAGGCUCUAAAACUGAAACUUUAGGCUCAAAGGAAAGUCCGUUACGGUGUACGUCCAGUGGAAGCGAUUCCGAGUUUACUUCUACCGAGGAAAAUAUAUGCGCAAAAAAAAAGGUUCCUCGUAAACUGCCUGGGAAUUUUAAAGUGGAGGAACUAUUCUCGAAAAUUGAUAAUAGCGUUAAGGAGGAGGACUUUCAUCUCAGAAGAGUAAAAGUACUUCGGAUAAAGGACGGUAGCGUAGGUUACGGUUAUGACAGGCUCUUUUCAGAGGGACUUAACGAGCAGCUUAAAACAGUUUAUGUGGAAGAUCCUUAUGUUUCAACUGAAUCUCAGGUCUGUAAUUUUGUGGUUUUUUGCGAAGUCCUUGUUUCAAAGGCUUUAAACCUCAAGAGGAUUGUGCUGCGGACCAGGUCAUUGAGGCCGGAUUCUCAGUACUCUCCUUUUACUGAUCUCAAAACAUCACUGCUUGCGCGACAAAUUCAGCUGGAAGUGCAACGUAGCGACACAAUUCAUGAUCGAGAGAUAAGGUUUGACAAUGGGUGGACUUACCGCAUUGGCCGAGGAUUGGACUAUUUUCAGAAACAGUCAGGUGUUACUCUGGGACACUCCAACUACAAUUUUCGACGUUGUUUGGAAACGUGUGUUUGCAUAACUAAGGAUCUUGACUGA